AUGUUGCGCAUUUGGCAGUUGGCUCUUAAGCCUCGUUUUGCCGUUGCUCGUACUGGGGGCUUUGGCGCUCAUAUCGCUAGUCGUGUUGCUUUGCAACAGCUUCACACGGGCACUCGUCAAGAUGGGAUUGGUCUUGCUGGUGCUAGUGCUUCACUCUCGCUUGCACCUGUUCAGGCUGGAAAUGCAUCCACUCUUCCCACCAUCGCCUCCGAAUGCCUGAACGCCUUACCUCGAAAGAUCUUGAUCGCAAACCGUGGCGAAAUCGCAUGUCGAAUCAUCCGCACCUGUCGACGUCUAGGCAUCUCCACCGUCGCAGUCUUCUCCGAACCCGACUCUCGCUCCCAGCACGUCCUGCUCGCCGAUGAAGCAUACUGUAUUGGCCCAGCUGCUUCUUCCCAAUCCUACCUUCGCCAAGAUAAGAUGCUUGCUAUCGCUCAAAAGACUGGUGCCAGUAUGAUCCACCCGGGCUAUGGAUUCCUUUCUGAAAACGCCUCAUUCGCUAAGCUGCUGGAGCUGUGCGAGGGCGUUACGUUCAUCGGUCCUCCAUCAUCCGCUAUUGAUGCAAUGGGAAGCAAGUCCGCGUCCAAAGAGAUUAUGUUGGAUGCCGGUGUGCCUUGUGUGCCGGGAUACCAUGGGUGCAACCAAGAACAAGCGUUUUUGGCAGCUCAGGCGGAAAAGAUUGGGUACCCAGUGCUCAUCAAGGCGGUAAAGGGUGGCGGAGGUAAGGGGAUGAAAGUUGCCCAAGACACUUGCGAGUUUGCUGAUGCGCUAAGUUCGGCGCAACGGGAGGCUGCAAAGUCAUUCGGGGACCCUACCGUGCUGAUCGAAAAGUACCUUACCGCACCACGCCAUAUCGAAGUACAAGUAUUCGCAGACAAGCACGGCAACGCUGUCUACAUCUCCGAACGUGAUUGUUCAGUACAACGUCGACAUCAGAAGAUCAUCGAAGAAGCUCCCGCGCCAAACCUCUCCGAUCACCUCCGUAAAGAGUUGGGGGAAAAGGCAGUAGCAGCAGCCAAAGCUGUGGGAUAUGUAGGUGCUGGAACUGUAGAGUUCAUCCUCGAUGCUAAAAAACCGGAGAACUUGUAUUUCAUGGAAAUGAACACCCGUCUCCAAGUCGAGCAUCCCGUCACCGAAAUGGUUUCCGGUCUUGACUUGGUCGAGUGGCAGUUGGAAGUAGCAGCGGGUAAUCGACUACCGCUGCUCCAAGAUGAGUUGAAGAUAGAAGGCCAUGCGUUUGAGGCGAGGAUUUAUGCCGAGAAUACAGAGGCAAAUUUCCUUCCUGAUAGCGGCAAAUUAAUCCACGUUUCUCUCCCGCCUACUACUACCAUCACCCAUUCCAACCCGGCGCUUACUUCGCCUACUGGAGCAGCAGGGGAGGUUGAGAGCGGGAAAAGGGGAGAAGCGGUAGUAAGGGUGGAUACUGGUUUUAUCAGCGGCGAUGAAAUCAGCGUACACUACGAUCCGAUGAUUGCAAAACUCAUUGUUAAGGGUAGAGAUAGAAAAGAAGCUCUGCGGAUAAUGGAGAAUGCGUUGAACAAGUAUCAAGUGGUGGGGCCGCAGACCAAUAUCCAGUUCUUAAAGAAUCUCGUUCGACAUGAAAAGUUCCUCCAGGCUGACCUGGAGACUGGCUUCAUUGAAAAGUAUGGCAAAGAAGGCUUGUUUGGUGAUCCGUAUACCAAGGAGUCCGAGUUGUAUGAAGCCGUCGCCCAAGGUGCCGUCUAUCUCUACCAACGCCAUCUCGAGGCUUCUGCUAAGAGUGGUUUGGCUAGUGCCCAAGGCAAAGGUUCCAUCUGGACAAACCCUGCUUUCACUCGGCUUCAAACUCGAACGAUGCCCAUACACCACAAAACCCUAGGCGACCUCUCGGUUUCUGUGAGACAAACGAUCUCAGGUACUUUCGACGUAACCCUUUCCCCCCCCUCCUCCCACUCCGGCACUCAAAACGACAACGAAAAAGAUCAAGUGCAAUUCAAAAGUCUGCGAACAACAGGCACAACAACUAUCCCAACGACUGCACUAAAGCAUACCGUAUUCCUACCAACAGGUGUGGUAACCUCUUUUACCCUCCAACCGCCUUGCUGGUUCUCGAAAAUCUCGGAUGUUGCCGCAGUCGCAAACGAAAACGCGCUCAUCAGUCCCAUGCCAAGCAAGAUUGUCGACUGCAAGGUCAAAGCAGGACAGAAAGUGAAGAAAGGCGAGACCCUGAUUAUUCUGGAAGCCAUGAAGACCGAGAUCAGUCUCAAGGCGAAUAGGGAUGCUGUUGUUGAGAGUGUCAGUGGCAAAUGCAAGGUCGGGGGCAUGGUGGCCGAGGCGACUCGAUUGGUUGUGUUUAAGAGCGACGAGUAG